GCUCCCAAGCCCCGGCAAGAAACAGAGCAAAGAACAAAUUAUUACAGUGAGAGCCAUGGGAAGAGCUCCUUGCUGUGAUAAAGCCAGUGUCAAGAAAGGGCCAUGGUCGCCUGAAGAAGACGCCAAGCUCAAGUCCUACAUCGAGCAACAUGGCACCGGCGGUAACUGGAUCGCUCUCCCUCAAAAGAUUGGCCUUAAGCGAUGCGGCAAGAGCUGUCGCCUGCGAUGGCUGAAUUAUCUUCGUCCCAAUAUAAAGCAUGGCGGCUUCUCUGAAGAAGAAGAUAAUAUCAUCUGCAGUUUGUAUAUCAGCAUUGGGAGCAGGUGGUCUAUAAUAGCAGCACAGCUUCCAGGGCGAACUGACAAUGACAUCAAGAACUACUGGAACACAAGGCUGAAGAAGAAACUAUUAGGAAACAAGCAACGCAACAAAGAUCCAAAUCCAAAUCGUCGAGCUGGAGCUCUGAAACAAGAAGCUAGGAAAGAGGUUAACGGAUCAAAUCUUCAGCCGAAUGGAUACUGGCCCGACCCGUCCAUGCCCAUGUACCCAAUUAGCCAGUCUGAGCAUCGAGUCAGCGAUGAGCACUCGUCCAUCAGAAGGCUGCUGAUGAAACUUGGAGGGAGGUUUUCGACUGAAACACAGAUACCCUAUGCUGUUCCAGCAGAACAACAGGUUUAUGAUGCAUCGGCAGCCUUGGUGGCGCCUAAUUCGGUUAUGAAUGAGGAUUUGGCUGGUUCUAGUGGGUACAAUUCGACUGAACUCGAUGACAUGUUCUGUAACAGUGUGAAGCUUGAAGGGCUCGAUUGCUUUUAUGGAAUGGGGAAUGUUAUGGAUGAGAGCAAUGUGACCAGCUCAUCGGACAAUACUAACACUAAUGCAAAUUGGAAUGAGGUAAGUCCUUUGAUCAAUUACCAGCCGAUGAUUAAUCCGAGCUAUUCAUCGAUGCAAUCGUGUUUGUUCGAGGAAUCAGUGCGUCUUGGUACACAGUGAGGAUUGAUUUUAUUGUUCUUGUUGUUGUUUAUAUGGGGUGUGAUUGAGAGAUGCAGAUUUGUAGUAUUGGUGGUGUUCCAUGGCAAAAACCCUAAUACUUUAAACUCAAUUAUUGAGGGGGCGUUUGUUAAUUAUUGUAUUUGUGUGUUAAAGUUGUUGAUUUCAGCAUUGGAUACUAUUUGAUUUUUUUUUCUC